AUGUUGUACACUAGGCGGUUGAUGACGACUGGCGGCUCAGCGACUGCCGACGGUGCUGUGUCUUACAGCAAAGGAAGUUAUCACAUCGUGCCAAAGAAGUACACCGUGGGAAAACGAAUUGCGGUUCGCUCAUAUCUUGACCGAAAUCGAACAGAGCUGUCAGAUCGCACAUACAUGCCCCAGAAAGCGUGGUUCGAACCUUAUACACCGAAGAAGUUUGAUAUGGAGCACCAAAGGAUUAGUCACAACUUCUACAACCUCGAAACGAAACUUAUAUGGACUGCAUUCGAUACGCCUGAACUCAUAGGUAUUCUUCUGCAUGAUGAAACAAUCAAAGGAGCUCCGCACCUGUAUGAUGCGGAAUUUUUGGAGUCUGCCGUUCACUGGACUAGGGAGAGCCGGUACUGGCGGUGCAUUGGGAUUACAAAACCUUUUUACAACAAAACAACGCUUCGCGCGCAGUGCUGGCAUGACCGCGGCCUUCAGGUAGGGACACUUGUAUUUUCUCAGGCUAUGCGUGAUGCGCUUAUGGACCUGGAACGGGCGGUACGCCGUAAGGAACUUGGCCUUGAACCCAAUUAUGUGUGGGACCGUUGGGGUCCUGUUGGGUUUAUUGACGGCGCCAGAACCGACCACUUACCUCGAUUCGCUCAUAACCCCUACGUGGACCCGGACGGCGUGGAGGUGACGGAAGUUGAUAUAGCGCCCUUCAACACACACGAGCAAAUAAAGGAGCGGUACGGUGCUUUUAUCGACCCCGACCUGAGACCCUUCGAGGGCGUCUUCCGAGCCCCAUCCCAUGGUGCCUUGACACUUGAUGAUGUUCCACACCAGGAGGCGGUGCGGUUAUAUCGCGAUUUAAUGGAAAAGGCUGAUAUGCCUGUUAUGUUGGGCAACGGAGCCGAGAUCCCACCUAUGGAUCUGAGGGCCCUGUUUCAUCUGAGCGCUAACCCCGAACGAAUGAAGGCGGCAUCGGAGUUGAGUUCAUGGCGAGAAGUGCGAGGGAUGCUAGCGCCCGUGCAGGAGGUUUGCGAUGAGAAAGUGGAGGCCUUGCGGUUGAUGGAAAACACACGCCAUGACGUCGCCCGUGUGCGGACCUUUUACGAGGAAAAGUGUGGCUUUUCAGAUUUUAUGCGUACCCCAGACAAGGUAAUUACGGCGGCGGUGUUGUGUUACCUUCAAGAACUGCAGCGAAUUUGCACAGAAAGAGAUUGGGGUAAGCCUCUCGCACGAUGCUUGACGGACUUGGAGCGAGUAAAUGUUAUGGGUAAGGAUGCCUUUCUUGUGUAUCGUCACAUAGAAGAUGCUAUACUGGAUAAGAAGCGCCGCGUGUGGGCCACACGCUUCGCCGGAGAGGCCAACGAGGAAAGCACGCUGGAUUACCUUCUGGAGAACUUCGGCCGUCGCACAGAGCAAACGCGUAAUGUCGGUACCACUGGCACGGAGUUUGAUCGUGAGCAGGAGCCUAUUGGUCGGCAGGUACAACGCCGCGUUCUCGACUCCGACAAGGCCAGUAAACUGGCGGAAGUGCGGCAGAAGAGAGGGAAAAUGUGGUCUAACAAGAAAAGCGUCUUUGAUUCACUCCACCAAAAGCAGCUGCAGAACGUGACGUAUGGUGUUCAUUAG